AUGGCAAUCAUGCAUCAUUUAUUAUCGUUUAUAUUGAUAGUUUUAUCGAUAAAAAAUAUAUAUAGUCAAAUAGCAUUUGAAUCAUUAUGUUCAACUGAAGUUUAUGCUCCAGGAUUCACAUCAAUUGAUGGCAAUGAUGAGUUUGAAAUAGAACUUUAUGAAUCUAAAUUUCUACCUGAUGAUACUGUUUCAUUGGCAAUUAGACAAAAACGUCCAAAUAGUGGUAUCCAUGAAUUUGUUGUACGUGCAUUUGAUUUUGAUAAUCAUGUUGUUGGACGAUUUGAUGAUCGACAAAUAGGAAAUCUAGUUUUAAAACAUCAACCAUGUUCGGAUGGAGCUAAUGUUAUUUAUGCGGAUAAAGUUGAAAAUCCUGGUUAUCGAGAAAUUCCAUUAGCAUGGCAAGCUACUGGUAUUUCUACUAAUCAUGAUGAAGUCAUAUUUAGAGCGGAUAUUGUUUCGAAUCGACAAAUCUAUCGUGUAAAAUCUGCACCAUUGAAACGACGUUUAGCAUUUGGAAUCAAUCCUUAUUCAGAAGAUCAAUCAAUUAAUAUUGAUUAUUGUGGUGAAUCUCAAGGUUGUUUAAUUGUUCCACAACAUUGUAAUAAUAAUGCUAAAUGUGAAUAUGCACUUUCAUGGCAAGUACUUGAUGAAGAUACAGUUAAAUUUCAUAUUGUUGCAAGAGCAAAUGGUUUUGCUGGUGUUGGAUUUUCUAAUGAUGAAAAACGAGGUGAUGAUCAAGUCGUUUUAUGUAAUAAAGAUGCUCAAGGUCAUGUUUAUGUACGUAAUAUGUUUGUUAGUGUUCAAACACCACAAUAUAUUGCACGUGAUCGACCAUCAUAUGGUUUACGAGAUACAGAUGGUUAUUCAAAUGCUACACAUAUUAUAUGUAAAUUUGUACGUUCAUUAUCACCUCAUACAGAUACAUUAUUAGAACAUGGUGGACAAAAUCGUGAUGGAGUUGAUAGAAAUAAAUUUGUUAAUUUAAAAGAACCACAUUAUAUGUAUCCAAUUUAUGCUAAUCAAGAUUUAAUAACACCACUAGGUGGUAUGAGAAUUCCGGUUCAAGAUAUUCAGAUUGUAAAUAAUCAUCCGAUUAAUUUUGAACGUCGUGUUUUGCCAAAAUCUCAUCCACGAGCUGGCUCAUGGCUUGCUAAAAUUCAUGCUAUUUUAAAUAUAAUAGCUUGGAUUCUUCUUGCAUCAGCUGGUGUUAUGAUUGCUCGUUAUUUUGAUACAAUUUGGCCUGAAUAUGAACGACGUGUUGUUGUUGAUGCUAAUGGUGUUGCAACAGGAGAAAAAUUACAACGACGAAGACGUUUUUCUUUUUUUAAUGUUUUUCAACCAAUUAUGAUUACAGUAGCUAUUUUAACAUGGAUUGCAUUUUUUGCUAUACUUUGGGAACUUGAUUGGAAAUGGACAUAUGGAACACAUCAUAUGUGGCAUUCAAUUCUUGGUGUUAUUGUACUUAUUUGUGCUUUUCUUGCUCCGAUUGUUGGUGCAUUACGUCCCAUACCUCGAACAAAACGUUUUUGUUGUUGGUAUUGGAUACAUUGGUUAAUUGUCGCUUUGGCUCACUGUCUUGCUGUUCCAGUUAUAUUUUUGGGUAUGGAUAAUCGUCGUUUAGAUUUAUGGACAUGGUGUUCAUGGCUUUUAUUUGGUUGGUGUAUAUUUCAUUUUAUUGUUCAACUUAUUUUUGAAAUUCAUGCUUGCUGUUAUGCAAGAGAAGAUUAUGAACGUUUUGAAGAUGCUGAUUAUUAUCCAGAGAAAAAUCUAGAUCGUCGUAUACGACGAGAACGUAUACCGGGCGAAGCAUGGAAACCAGCUCUUUUAAGCAUUUAUAUCUUUGUCACAUUAAUCGUGGUCAUUAUUCUCAUUCUUGCUGUCAUUUUCUAUCAAGGUUAUUAA